UUAAUAUAAUAGUUAAAGACCAAAAGAAGUAAAACUACACAUCAGAGACACAUGAAGGCUUCAAGCAAGCCCUUGAAGCCUUAAGGAAAGAAUAUCACAGAGGCUCAAUGAAGAAUGGAAGUCUGUUUCUCAUUCUGAAUUUUGAUCACAAGAGGUCGCUGUUUCCUAAGGAAACUCUCUAAAUGAAACUGAAAAUACAGAGCCCCUCCCUCAAAGGGACAGACAUUCCUGCCAGCCAGAUCCACAAGGAAAAUCUCGAACAACAGAGAAAGCUCAACAAGCCAAGAUUCAACCUAUGAACGCAUUGCCGGUAUGGCUGGGGUAGGUGGUCUCUGCUCCUGACACCUUUGAGACAAGAUAUUUAGAGAAAAAGAGAAGAGCUUGCUGUUGUUGUGCCAGUGUCUGCAAUGCUUACCUGGCCGAAGGGGCUGCUACAGCUGCUUCUGCUCCACACUGCCUGGAAAAUGGGGAGUGGCCAGCUCCAUUAUUCUGUGCUGGAGGAAUCCCAGCACGGCACCUUUGUGGGCCGCAUCGCCCAGGAUCUGGGGUUGGAGGUGAGCGAGCUGGUGCCUCGGAUGUUCCGGAUGCUGUCCAAAGGAGAGAAGGACUAUUUUGAGGUAAACCUGCAGAAUGGGAUCUUGUUUGUAAAUUCCCGGAUAGACAGGGAGGAGCUGUGUGCCAAGAAUGCAGACUGUGUCCUUCAUCUGGAGGUGAUUGUGGAGAAACCUCUGAGGUUCUUCCAUGUGGAGGUUGAAAUCAAAGACAUGAAUGACAAUGCUCCCAUCUUCUCAGCCAGGGAACAGAUCCUGAGCAUAGCAGAAUUGACAACAGCAUCUGGUACCCGAUUCCCGUUAGAGAGAGCAUCUGAUUCAGAUAUUGGUACUAAUGCUCUGUUAACAUACAAGCUCAGCCCAAGCAACCAUUUUGCUCUUGAUUUAGGAAAUGAUGAAGAUGAGAGUAAAUCUGUAGUACUUCUUUUGAAGGUUCCACUUGACAGAGAGGAGAGCCCUGUGCAUCAUUUAGUUCUGACAGCCACUGAUGGGGGUGAAUCAAAACUCACAGGAACUAUUCAGCUAGUCAUCAAUGUGCUGGAUGUCAAUGACAACCCUCCUGUGUUUAACCAAUCUGUUUACAGGGUAAAGUUGCUAGAAAAUACUACUAGUGGGUCAUUAGUCAUUACUCUGAAUGCAACAGACUUAGAUGAAGGGAUUAAUAGGGAAAUCUCUUAUUUUUUUAGUAAUGAAGUACCUUUACAUGUCACAAAGCUCUUUAGUAUAAAUUCUGAUAUUGGGGAAAUCAGAGUGAUUGGAAAAUUGGACUAUGAAGAUAUUAAUUGCUAUGAGCUUCAAAUUGUUGCAGAAGAUAAAGGCAGUUCUCCAUUAUCAGGACAUUGCGAAGUUUUUGUUGAUGUAUUGGACAUGAAUGAUAAUAUUCCAGAAGUAUUUGUGAAUUCUCUCUCUGUACCAUUGCCAGAGGAUUCCACUCCAGGAACUGUGGUAGCUAUCCUCAGUACUUCAGACAAGGAUUCUGGAAUCAAUGGGCAAGUAACAUGUGUCCUACAGCCCUCUGACAUGCCUUUCAAAAUAGAGUCCACAUUCAAGAACUACUACUCCCUAAUUGUUGGAGCACCUUUGGAUAGGGAGCAGGUGGCUGAGUACAGGAUGGUUGUGACAGUGGAAGAUCAAGGUGUUUCACCACUGUCGUCUAGGAUCACCCUCGUAGUGCCUAUUAGUGACAUAAAUGAUAAUGUUCCAGCUUUCACUCAACCUUCCUACACAGUCUUUGUGAAGGAGAACAAUCCCCCUGGUGCUCAUAUCUUCACAAUAUCUGCCUUGGACCCAGAUGUUGCUGAGAAUGCUCUGAUCACCUAUUGGAUAGAUGAGAAGCUCUGGCCGUUGUCAAGCUACAUCUCUGUACAUUCAGAGAGUGGAAAACUUUAUGCUUUGCAGUCCUUGGACUUUGAGGAGUUGAAACUGCUGGAGUUCCAGGUGAGAGCCAAGGAUGCUGGAAUGCCCUCCUUGUGUGGCAAUGUGACUGUUCAAGUCUUUGUGAUGGACGAGAAUGACAAUGCACCUGUUGUGUCAGGAUUAUCAGAAGAGAAUCUGAUUCUUCUAGUGGUCCCUGUGAUGCCUGGGCAUAUUGUAGGCAAGAUCCAUGCCUUGGAUGCAGAUUCUGGAUACAAUGCAUGGCUAAGGUAUGAACUGGUUGAAGAAAACAAUGCUUCAUGGACUGUAGGGCUGUAUAGCGGUGAGGUGAGUACCAAAUAUUCUUUGGAUGAAUCAGAAGGCAGCAGAAUCCAGAGUCUGUUGGUUCUUGUGAAGGACCAUGGAAAACCUCAACUCUCAACCACAGCUACCCUGAGUGUGUCACUUGUGACAAGUGGUCAGACAACCAAAAUGGAUAUUAAUGUUCAAAGAUCAGGGAAGAACUUUGUGCCCCUGGUGGACUCGAUCAAUGUCUAUCUGAUCAUUGCCAUCUGCUCUGUUUCCAGUCUCUUCUUGCUAGCCACUCUCAUUUAUGUGGCCCUGCGAUGCCACUGCAAGGCAAAGGAAUCCAUGGUUUAUGGCCCUGGCAUGGCCACCCUGGUGUGUGCCAGCGAAGUGGGCAGCUGGUCCUAUUCCAAUCGCCACAGCCACAUCCUGGCAGGUGUGAGUGCAGAGGCUGGUGCCAAGAGUGACCUUAUGAUUUUUAGUCCCAACAUUCCUGUUUUUGCAAAUAAUGGGGAAUUUAGGAACGGGACAGAAUUGAUCCCAGAUUCAGCUAAAGAGAUAUGUGGACUUCAACUCCCAAAAUUCUCAGCAACAGGAAUUAUUGGAAAUGAAGCCCCUACCCUUUUAAGCUGCCAAGGCUGGGAACUGAAAUACUAAUCUGUAGCUCAUGAAGCAGUCAACCAAUACAUUCUAGAAAUCCACGUGGAGUUUUUCAGGACAAUUUUUAUCAGGCUAACCUCUUUUUUUAAAUUAAAUAACUUCCUCAGUAAAUUGGUGGGAAUAGGUAAUGUUCCAUUAGGUUUCCUUGAGAACAAUAUAGAUAUGCUAUAAAUUUAGCUUUGGCUAAAUUUUCUUAGCCUCCCAAUUUAGCCCAUAACCCAGAUGUUUCUAUUUGGUCCUUAAUCCAAUUACUCAAAAUAUCUAGAUUUAACAAUUGGAGAACCCAUAGGUUUCCAAUAGAAAAUGCAUGAAAACUUGGGAGAUACAGUUUCAAGACUAUCUCCUGAUGAUUGAGGAAAAUAAAAAAAAUGUUCUCAAAAAAGGUGGAUUGAAUCAUUUCUUAAAUAAACUAAUUCUAUACACAAUGAAUUGAGUACCAUACAGCCAGAGGCUUAAGAUCUUGGUCUUCAACAGUUAAUUGCUGCAGACAUGUAGGUAUUGCUUUUAUGGUUUGCAAAUCUAAUUAAUAUUGUGCCUUUUGUCAAAAGUUCAUUUAUUUGAUGGCUACAGAAGGCCAAUGUUUGGAAGUAAAUCCCAGUAUUUGCUCAAUAGAUAUACUGUUAACAUUUCAAUUAUGGAAAAAAUUAAAAUGCUUUUUGGUGAAAGUUGGGACUUCUGUUUUACAAAACCAAUUUCUAUUUUUUCCUAAACAAAUGUAUUAAGGCUUCUAGACAUCUGUGAAGGCCGACUUGGGAUGUAGAAUAGAUAGCAGCAACUUCUGCAUAGAAUAGAGCAAAAAUAGGCUGGUGGAUGGGGAUAGAAGAUGGAAGUUAUAUUUAGAAAGAGACAGGAAUAUACCUCUGGUAACACAAUAGAGAAUUAAAAAUAUAUUGCUGCUUAGCUUCUUUAAAGAUAAAAUGGGUAGGCUGUUGCUUAGUGCUUCUGCAUCUGAUUUGCAUAAAGGUAUUAUCACGUAACAGCAUUUUUAGCCUCAGCAGACAGUAUUAUGUAGGACAGAUAGGCAGAAGGUUAGCCGAGCACAUCCAUAAACACCAACAUAUGGAGAGACCCAACCAUAGUUUCAACUGAGAAACUAUGAACCUAAACCAAGCUAAAUCCAAAAAUGCUACAGAAUUUUUGGAAGCUAAGCACUCGGAAAAAUCAGUCAUCAACAGACACAAAGAGAUAAACCACAAUUAUACAUCAUCACAAGAGAUAACAAAAAGUAAGGAAAAAGCCUAAACCACAUUCUCUCCAACAGCCAACACACCCAGAGACAGUAAACAGGGAUUAACACCAGAGAAUAAAAUGGAACACAAUACCCUAAUCAAGGGUAGGACCUAGGACAGGGGUGUCAAACUGGCAUCAUGCAUAGGCCAUGCCCACCCCAGCUCUGCAAAGGAAAAACAUUGCAAUACAGAAGAGAAUACAUAUAUUCUCUUCUGUUGAAAGACAAUAGUCAACAGAUAAAGCAAGUAACCUCCUUGACACUCACUCUUGAAAACUGAACAAAAAGACACUUUCUGGUUGAUGACGGCAGGAUAAAAGAGUGUUUGAAAAAUCUGGACUACUUUGUUUUUAAUGACAAACUGUUUAAUAAAAAAUUAUUUAAAAAAGAAAAAAGAAAAAUCUGGACUACUUUAAGAUGCAUAGGUUUCAACUCUAGAAUUCUCUAGCCAUGGCUAUGGGUAGAGAAUUCUAUAAGUUGAAGAUGACAGAUGUCAAAGUUACUCAGGUUGGGAAACACUGACAAAGGAGGGCCUCUUGGAAGACUUGAAUAUUCCUUAACCAGACUAUAAGUCAGAUGUCAGGCUUCGGUGCUAUCUUAAAUAAACUUCAUUCUCAAACUCAAAGUCUCUAAUGAAACUCUUUUAUUUAAGAAUAGAAAAAACACGACAUGCCUAAACUCUGGUUGCAGCCAAACUGGCCCCUCCUUCCAACAACCUCCCCUUCCGCUCUCCAACCCCAAUAUCCCAUUGGGCAUCAUGUAGAUCCAUCUCUUCGUCUUGGCACAUUCUUUUCACAGGAAUUUGCCCCCACCCUCUAUCACCCAGGUAACACUAUCUGUUGCAUGCAGAAAACUAGGUAAAAGUUCACCUCAGCAAUAAAUCACCGCUUCUGCUCUCUGUUUCAUUUCAUUCAUGUCAGCGUUGGAAGAGAGCCUAACUUGGAACGCUGACAUCCGGCCCCUCUCCCUUCACUUCUGCGACGUAACCUACCCCAUAGGGAAAAGCACAACAAGAUAAGUAUCAUUAGCCCCUCCUUGGCUGCGCACCCCCCCUCCCAGCUUUCCCGGGUGGUCUACAUGGAAUUUUGCUAUAAGGCGGUCAGCUUGGAUGUUUGUGCUCUUCACCCAGGAAGCCUCUGACAACAGGUAGCCCUUCCAUUUAAUUAAGUACUGGAGGCGCCCCCUGUGCCAUCUUGAAUCAAGAAUUCGCUGCACUUCGUAGUGUGUUUGGCCCCCAACAAUCAGGGGCCCAGGGGGUUCACGUGGCGUCGGCCUUAAAGUAGACCCCACUACAGGUUUUAGAAGGCUACUGUGAAAAACGGGGUGAAUUUUCCCCAAAAGCCGUGGCAACUGCAAUUGCACUGUAACGGGGUUGAUUAUUUUUAUUAUAGGAAAUGGUCCUAUAAAUUUUGGGCCCAAUUUCUUGCUCGGGAGUCUAAGUCUCAAGUACUUGGUGGAAAGGUAAACUUUCUCUCCCAACUGAAAUGGUCUUUGGGGAGUUCGGUGCUUGUCUGCUUGUUCCUUAUAAGAUUGAGCCGCCUUUGCCAGCGCCCUGUUAACAUUCUCCCAAGUUUCUCUCAACAUUGCCAUCCAGUCGGUCAAACUGACUGAGGAAGGGGGCUCCCUCGGAUACUCUGGCAUGGGGACAAAAUCCAUGUCACUCACUACUUUGAACGGGGUUAGCCCCGUGCUGCUGUGGACAGCAUUAUUAUAUGCAACCUCUGCAAAAGAUAGGAGAUCUGCCCAAUUGGACUGCUGGUAGUCAACGUAGCAUCUUAAAUACUGUUCUAUUAUAGCGUUCAGUCUUUCUGCCCCCCCAUUGGUGCUUGGGUGAAAUGCUGAGCUGAGGCCUUGGGAUGACCCUAUGGAUCGUAGAAACUCCCUCCAGAACUUUGCUGUGAACUGGACCCCUCGGUCAGAGAUGAUUCUCCUGGGGACUCCAUGUAGGUGGUAGAUGUGUUUCAGGAACAGUUUGGAUAACUGGCGGGCUGAAGGCAGUCCACUACAAGGAAUGAAGUGUGCCUGUUUGGAGAAUAAGUCUAUUACAGUCCAGAUCACUGUAUUUCCACUGCUCCUCGGUAGGUCUACUAUAAAGUCCAUUGCAAUCUCCUCCCAUGGUCUUGUUGGCUCAGCUAUUGGUUGCAACAGUCCAGGUGGGCACCCUGGUCUUGUCUUCAUCGUGGCACAAAUGGUGCAGCUUUUUACAUAACUGUCUACGUCCUUUCUCAUGUGGGGCCACCAGAACUGCCUUCGUACUAGGUACAGAGUCUUUAGGAACCCGAAGUGUCCCGCUGGUUUAACGUCGUGGCUCCUUUUGAGAAUCAGGAUGCGUAAAGUCUGUGGGACAUAGAGCUUUGUCCCCUUCCAUGCUAGGUCAUCUCUUUUUGUCAAGAGAUGUUGAUUGUCCCGAUACCAGGGGUCUGUCAGCGUUUCAUUUUUUAAUUUUGCAGUUAAGUCACUUGCAAGUCGGCCUUGUUGGUCACGUUGUUGCUGUCUGGUGAUCACUUGAGCCGCAGCUUGGGUGGAGGGGAUGAUGGCAUUCACUACCUGCUCCCGCUCACUGUUGUAUUGGGGCAUCUGGAAGAGGGCGUCAGCCAGGAAAUUCCUCCCUCCUGGGAUGUGCUGAAGCUCGAAAUUGAAACGAUUGAAGUAUUGUGCCCACCGUACUUGCCUGGGCGACAGUUUCUGUGGGGUUUUUAGGGCCUCUAGAUUUUUAUGAUCAGUCCAGACUUCAAAUGGCUUCUGGCCUCCCUCUAGUAGGUGCCGCCAGGUCAACAAGGCCCAUCUUACUGCGAACGCUUCCUUCUCCCAUGCCGCCCAUCGCCUUUCUGUAUCGGUGAGUUUGCGGGAGGUGUAGGCGCAAGGUUAUAGAUCACCUUGGUUGUUCUUUGGGAGUAACAUGGCUCCUACUGCCACAUCAGUUGUGUCUGCUUGGAUGACAAAAGGCUGUUCCGGAUCCGGGUGUUUUAAGACGGGUUCUUUUGCGAACAUCCCUUUCAGCGUCUCGAAUGCCUGUUGGCAGGUCAGGUCCCACUGUAGGGGUUGUCCCGGGCGAGGUUUCACCGCUGGGCUUCCUGUCUUUAGGAGGUCCAUCAAAGGUUUGGCAAUCUUCGCGAACGCGGGGAUGAAUUGUCUGUAGAAGUUCGCAAAGCCUAGAAAACUUUGCAGUUGUCUGCGGGUGCGAGGGGGCUGCCAUUGUAGAACUGAUUGGACCUUGGCUGGGUCCAUCUCUAUCCCCUCAUUUGAUACUCGGUAGCCCAGUUGGUCUAGCCGUGAUUGGUGGAAAUCGCAUUUUGACAGUUUGACAUAUAGGUUUGCCCUUAGCAGUUUUUUCAGUACUUGGCGGACGAGGGGUAUAUGUUCAUCUAUGGUCUCCGUGUAGAUGAGAAUAUCAUCCAGGUAGAUGAGGACCCCUUUGUAAACGUGUUCAUGUAAGACUUCAUUUAUUAACUGCAUGAACACUGCCGGGGCUCCUUGCAAUCCAAAGGGCAUUACUUUAAACUGGAAACUACCCAGGGGGCAGUUGAAUGCUGUUUUCCAUUCAUCUCCUGCCUUUAUGCGUACUCGGUAAUAAGCUUCUCGAAGGUCUAGUUUGGUGAAAAUCUUCCCUUUAGCUAGGUGGGCUAGCAUGUCUUUCAUGAGGGGGAGGGGGUACAAGUUGUGUACGUUGAUACUUCGAAAGUCGACCACCAGUCUCAUGGAGCCGUCCUUUUUCUCUUUAAACAUGACCGGCGCCGCUACCCUUGGUUUUACUGGCUCAAUAAAUCCCCUUUGUAAGUUUUUGUCUAUGUAGUCCUGCAUUUCCUGCAUUUCUCGGGGCGUCAUGGCAUACAUUUUAGGUUUGGGUAGUUUAGCUUCUGGGAUAAUCUCGAUGGCACAAUCGGUCUCACGGUGGGGGGGGGCAGAAUGUCACACUCGGCCUCGCUGAAUACCUCUGCAAGGUCUUGGUAUUCCCCUGGGAUCUGAUCUGCAUUACAGGCGGUGGUGGGUACAGCUGCCAAUUGCUUUGCUGUACCUUCUGGGAGGGACCCUUGUAUUGGUGGUGUUUUGUUUUGUGGUGGAGGGCUGCUUCGGGGUCUCAGCGUGGGAGGGAAUUUUCUGGUCGGGGCGGCAGGGGUUGGGGCCCCUUUGCUAUUCUCAGUCUGAGGGUCCCCUCUUGCCACCAAAUGAUUGGGCCCCAUUUGUCCAGCCACAAGAGUCCCAAUAUGACUGGUUCUGUCAUCUUGGGGGCUAUUAUAAAGCGGAUCGUCUCCCAGUGAUCUGCCAGUUCUAGUCUCACGGGUUCAGUCAAGUGUGUGGCGUACGCUCCUCCCUCUAGGGACCCAUCAACUUGCUCAAAACGAAUUGGUUGUUUGAGUUGUUUAGCUCGGAUUCCCAAUUUCAGGACUGUGGGUAGGUUGAUUAGGCACUGUGUGCUACCAGAGUCUAUUAGGGCUUGGAAAGUCUCUUGGACCCCUGUUUUGGGGGCUGUCAGACAUAUGGGGAAAAGAAAAGGAUGGACAGGUCCACUCACCAUCGGCUCGUCUUCGCCUUCGUCCUCGGUGUCAUAGGGUUCGGGGAACUGAUCUCCCUCCUCUGGGGUUCCUCUGGUUUCGGUCAGGUGAGCAAAAAACUCCAGGAUUUGGGGAGCUCCCCGCGGUACAUGGGUGGCGCGCUUGGGCCCUCGUUCCGGUCAUGCUUUGGGCAGUGGAGCUGAUCCCGGUCUAGGCGUUCCACAUCUUGCUGCUAUGUGGCCAAUCCCCCCACAUCGGUAGCAUUUCAGUGGGCUCCGUGGGGCAGUUGGUCUGUGGGAGGGCUGUGAUGUUGGGGUUUCUCAUCUGUCGAGUGGCCCCUGGUGUGGUCGGCCUCUCUCCUUUCCCUCUGGUGGUUUCGAUGGGUCGCUCGCCCGUAACCCUCUGUCGACUUUUAUCGCUAGCCGGAACCAUUCAGAGAGUCGGUUUGGGAUGUCACGAUAAGCAGUCACUUGGGAAAUUCUCUUAUCCAGGCUUGUUCUAAAAAAAUACACCAGCAAUCGCUCUGGUAGGGGAGGCAGUGUCCCAAUGACUCUCCUGAAUUCAUGGAUAUGCUCUCUGAUGGGCUUCUCCUUCUGCAGUAGGUUUCUGAGCUCGUCUUCCACAUAGGGAUCCUCCUCCUCCUCCUCCUCAUAACGGGCUUUCAAUAGUUGCAAGAACCCAUCCGCAUCUUGCAGUUGGGGGGCCCUGUUUUUAUAGAGGGAUGCUGACCACCUCUUUGCUUCUCCCUCCAGCCCUUCCGAAAUAGCAUUCACUAGGGCUCUGGGGAAAGGGUAGAGGUGUCCAAAACGCUCUAUGUAUAUCUCAGCUGAAUCGAGGAAUUGGGCGAGGUUGUCUGGGUCACCAUUGAACUUCCCUCUGAACUGGGGUGGCUCCUCCCUCUCUGCCCUCUUCUCUCUGUGCUGAGCUCUGUAGGGCCGGCCUUGGUGUUGAUAGUCCUCUGCCGCGUCUCUCAUCCUGGGGUAGGGAGGUGCUGCCUCAUCUAGGUUUUGCUGCUUGCUGGGAGGGGGGGGACCCAUGGAUGCGUCGUUGGUCUCCUCCUUCUCCUGCUGUGGAGGGGGGAAGGGCUGCGCCUUGGCCUACGGCCUCUUGGGUUAACAGCCCAGACUGGUUCUCUCUUUUCUUUGGGUCUGCAGGAUGGCCCCUCCCCCUGAAGGGUGGCACGGUCAAAUUCCUCUUUCAACUCAUCUAUGGGGCUUUCGAGUGGCUUCCUUAGAAUUUCUUGGCGCUUAGUUUGUUUUCUGGCUUGUUCCCAUUCCCAUAGCCAGGAUGCCCUGCCCAAUUCACUUAGGGGUUUUCCCUUGUCUUUUACGUUCGGAAAGGGAAAUUCAGCCUCGGAGGCUUUUGGCACAGUCCCCGGGUACUUAUCUGGUUCACGCUUCUUUGUUUGAAGUUUUGCCGAGGGAGAAGGCGGGGAGAGUUGAGUCUUCAUACUUUCCAAACUGGCUGGGAUCACGACCGCUUCUCCUUCACUUGUUGCUUGAAGCAGGCUUUCCUCCGAGAGCUUCGCUUCAGCCAUAACGUCGGGGGACAACCUCCAGUCCGACCAUACGUCUGGGAGGGAACGGGAUGAUUUAAACUCAGCCAGCCUGGCUUUGAGGGAGUUUGGCUGUCUGUCAGGCUUUGGUGCUAUCUUAAAUAAACUUCAUUCUCAAACUCAAAGUCUCUAAUGAAACUCUUUUAUUUAAGAAUAGAAAAAACACGACAUGCCUAAACUCUGGUUGCAGCCAAACUGGCCCCUCCUUCCAACAACCUCCCCUUCCGCUCUCCAACCCCAAUAUCCCAUUGGGCAUCGUGCAGAUCGAUCUCUUCGUCUCAGCACAUUCUUUUCACAGGAAUUUGCCCCCACCCUCUAUCACCCAGGUAACACUAUCUGUUGCAUGCAGAAAACUAGGUAAAAGUUCAUCUCAGCAAUAAAUCACCACUUCUGCUCUCUGUUUCAUUUCAUUCAUGUCAGCAUUGAAAGAGAGCCUAACUUGGAACGCUGACAGCAGAGGUAUCUCUCAGAUAAAAGUUCAGCCAUGUCUUGGUGAGGCUGACUAUCUGCCUUCAGGAUAAGAUUAAAUAAUGGAAGAUGGUCACUGUCUAUAUGGGAAUCAAUAAUAAAACCUCCAUAAUAGGCAACAAGUCUUUCUCAUAUUAACAUACAAUCAAAGGUAGUUGCCACUCUGCUGGCUGGAAGGAAGUUCUCUCAAUAUCUCCCCUGGAGUCAAGCCUUUUAAUAUCUAGAACCCAAAUAUCACCUCCAGGUGGAAUAAUCUCCAGCCUUCAGGGCUAAUGCCUUAGGUUUUAAAGCAUUGCAGAAUAAAAGGAGUGGUCUAAUAAUAUAAAAAGAAAGUGGGAUGUUCAAAUGUUGAAGGACAAUCACUGAAUUCCCUUCUAAAAUGAGAAUUACUGGAUGGUAUUAUUUCUGAGAUUGUGCACUGGACUUUCCAUUUGGACAGUUACCGUAUUUGUGGGGCAGACAGUGAGAUGAGGAAGUUGACUUAUUCUACAAAGCACCUGAGUUAUAGGACGAGAAGCAAUGGAAGCAGUCAUGCAAGAAAAGAUCGGAUGACCAUUUGUCCAUGACUCUUUUUAUCUAGUUUAAACCUUUCUUUCAGUUUUUGAUAUGUAAAUCAAUGGCAAAUGUAAAAUUCGAGAACAUUCAACAGUGUGGUUUUUUUUCUUUCCUUUUGAAGAGUUAUAAAAGGAACUAAUUUGCAAAUAACUAAAUCUUACUAAAAUUGACUAUUGGAUUAUGGACUGGAAAAACUGGAAGAACUUAGUGGACUAAGGUGGACAAAUUUGGACUUGGACUAUUAAUGUUACUUAAUAGAAUAUUCUAAGAGGCAAAAGAAGAAAAGAUCAGAAGAAAAGAGAGAAGAAGGAAAUAAAACUUCAAAAUUUGGACAAUUGGGGAACUAUACGGCUGUAAACUAUUAUGAAAUAAAAUGUGGGAUUUUGGAGGUAUAAAUAUGGGAUUGAUAUAACUUGAUUAAAUAGAAGUUUUUUAAAUAUUGAGAUAUUGGAAUAAUAGAAAUAUACUUUUUAUAAGCUGUAUUAAAUCACUAUAAAAUGGAGCUAGAAAUGUAUGAAUAAAUAUUGUGCAUGUUAAAAAGUUUACGUGAAUCCUUAAGAAAUGACAAAGAGACAAAGGGAUUGUUUAAAGAUACAGAAAUGAAUGUAGAAGCUACUCAACAAUUGGGGGGAAAAGAGGAACACGAUAUUCAAGAAGUAGAUGAGAAACUAGAAAAAGCAGGGGAAGGGGAGAAUAAAAAUGAGAAGCAAGAAGUUAGGAACAAAGGGGAGAAGAGACUAAUAAGUAGAAGAUAAAUAAAUAACAUCAUAAUUUAUUAGAUUACAGAGAGAGAGAGAGAAACAAAAAAGCAAAACAAAAGGAAGUUUUGUAUAUGGGUGUUCAAAAAAAGCAGCAGAAAGGCAAAAGGCACCCAGAAGGGAAAGUUUAAUAGACACAAAAAAAUUAAAAAGAGAUUCUAAGAUUCUAAGAGAUAGAAAUAAAAGACUGACCAAAAAAUCAAUAAAUGAUGGAAUUUUAGAAAGACUAAGAGAUGAUGGAUAAUGAAAAAAUAUAUUAAUAAAAUGGAAAACCCCAAAACCCCAGUAAGUUUUAGGUUAAUAGAUGGUAAUUUAAGACUAGACAAUUUAACUGAAGCACUAAUAUUAACAGUGUGUUCAGAUAUUGUGAAUUUAAAAUAUAAAGGAUUAGAAAUGGUGGGGACUUGGAGAUAUACUCCCAUGAUGGAUUGAAUAUUGUUAAUAAUUGGUAUUAUUUGUAAUCCUAUAUAUUUGGAAUAUUGAUGUUAUGAUGGAAUAAUGAGUGAUUUUUAAAAUAUUGAAUGACAACAUUUAUUAUUUAUUUAUUUAUUUAUUUAUUUAUUUAUUUAUUUAUUUAUUUAUUUAUUAGUUCGAUUUAUAUGCCGCCCUUCUCCGGAGACUCAGGGUGGCUUAUAAUGCAUUAAGCAAUAGCCUUCAUACUUUUGUAUAAUACCUGCUUAGUAGGGCUUUCGCCCCCCCCCACCAAGCAGUGUUCUUUUUUUUUAAUACAAAGUCAGCUUAUUGCCCCCACAAUCCGGGUCCUCAUUUUACCUACCUCGAAAGGAUGGAAGGCUGAGUCAACCUUGAGCCUGGUGAGAUUUGAACUUGCAGUAAUUGCAGGCAGCUGGCAACUAAGUGCUACUUUAACAGCACUUAGUCCACUGUGCCACCAGGCUCUAUUUACUAAGGGAUAAUAAACACAGGGUGCGAAGAAAUGUUAUUUAUGCUUAAAUGAAUUAAAGAGAAAAUUUAAAAGGAAUAUGAAAUGAGACUAAUAUUGUUUGAAGUUGGAAGAUUAGAAUUCUACAUACUAUUUGUAUUAUUGUUAACGUUACAUAAAAAAGAUCUGACCCAAUCAAUGUACUGUCCAUGAAACAUGUAUGUUUAUAUUGGAAAAAAUAAAAAACUUAAAUUA